GAAUUUAUCUAUUUGCCUAUUUAACGAACACAAUUUGCUUUUGCCUUCGCUUUCGCCUUCCAUCACUUGUGAGCUCACUUGCUGCGCUGCUCUCUCUCUAUCUCUUCUCGUUAGCUUCCACUCUCCAGAUCUGAUCCUAAAAAUCGUUAAGGUUUAAGAUUUCCUUUUCUACAAAGUCCAGAGCAUGGGUCGUGGAGUUAGCAGUGGUGGGGGCCAGAGUUCAUUGGGCUAUCUAUUUGGGAGUGGAGAAGGUCCAAAGCCUUCCACAAAAAGUGCCCAACCUGCUUCAAAUGAUGUCCAGCCAGUGAAUAAUGCACCUUCCUGCAAACCUGCUGUUGCUCCUCAGCCAGUAGAUGCCAGCAAGCAGAUUCCUGCUGGUAUUAAUAGUACUUCUGUAAACAACUAUAUGCGGGCAGAUGGCCAAAAUACUGGAAACUUCCUUACGGAUCGACCUUCAACCAAAGUCCAUGCUGCACCUGGUGGUGGAUCUUCUCUGGGGUACCUAUUUGGUGGUGGUGGUAACCAGUAACUGAGAUAUAAUACCAUAAUGCAAUACUGUUGGAAUUCGCAUUUGUCAAUUCUUGUGGAAAUCUUUGGAUGAGCAAUGCUUUCAUCUAUAAUAUAAUUAGUGCAAACUUGCUAGCUCUUGUGAUGUAAUAUAUAGGUGGUGUUGAUGUUUGGUUUAUUGAAUCAAAGAACAUUUUGUAUGCAUGGACAUCAUUACAGAAGUUCAGUUGAUAUUUUGAUAUGUUCUCAGCAA